AUGGAUAUAAACAAUAAGAAUAUCUCCAUUGAAGAGUUGGUAAAAUAUAAUUCGUACAAAAGUUUAAAUACAGCAACCCAGUUGUUGAAAGUAGGAUCAGGUGGAACCAAAAUCGAAAUAGCCACACGGUUAGUAGAAAGCGAACAUAGAUUAGAAGAAUUAGGAUUCUUAAUUGUCCAAGAAAGCGAGAUUAGAGAAGAGGACCUAGAAACUACGUUUCAAUGGGGUGCAAAAGUGGAUAAAAGUAUUCAAGAGGAAAGAUUAGAAAAAAAAGACACAUCUAUGUAUAAAUUUGAUGCUGUCAAAAUGAUUACGCCAUUUAAAGAAGGUGAUGAUAUUAAGGUUUUUAAAUUCCUAUUUAUGAAUGCAGCUCAAAGCGAUGGUUGUUUGGAAAGCAAAAGCUUAGCUAGCAUGUUGGUGCAAAAGAUUUGCCUCAAAGUCCUAAGGAAAUUACUAAAUGAGAAUAAUGACUUAAUGAAUAUGUCAUGGAGAGCUAUCAUAGCAAUGAUUCAGCGGAUGUUGUCUAAUAGAUUAGAUAGGGAGUUGGUAAAAAGUGAAUUAUUGCAUUUUAAGUUGGAUUGUGAUCAUCUAUCAGACAGCAUGGAUAAAAUAAAAUCAUAA